AUGACAAAUGAACAGAAAUUAAAGAAGAAACUUGCAGAUGCAAGAGGAGACAACAGAAAGUACCUCAAAGAUGAAGACCUUGACUUCCUUGACCAACAAAAGGUCAAAGUUAUCUAUGUUUCCCCUAAAAAACAAGAAGAAAGCAAAGAAUCUUCUUCCAAUCAUCAAGAAGAAGAACCAUCAUACGAAGAAGAAGACAUCCAAGAACCAUCACAAUCCAAGUCAUCAACACUUGAUACAGAACAUAAAGAGAUUAUGCAGCCAAAAUCUCCAUUUUUACAGAGAGAUUUCUCAAGCCAGCUCGAUUCAGAACCAGAAGUCUUCAGGCGCAAGAACAGACAUAGAAUACCUCAAAGAAAAGUUAUCAGAGUCGUUGAAACUGAUGACCAGGCUUAUGAAAGAAUGUUACUCGAAAAAGUGUCAAACCGCCAAAUCCCUUCAAUUACUGGCACUUAUUAUGAACGAACUAUGAAGGGCAGGAUUGAGAAUUAUGAGUCUGAAUCAGAACUAGAGCGUAAGGAGAAGCUGAGAUUGGAGCAAGAAGAGGAAGAAAGGAAGAGAUUAGAAGCAGAGAAAUUAAAGGAACAAAAGAGGAAGAUAAGGCUUGGAAUAUUGUCAUCAUCAACAGAAGAUCAACCAGCAGAAGAGAACGAGAACGUAAAAGAAAGAGAUGUAGAGAUAAUUCAAGAUAAUUUAAGCCAAAUUUCGGAAGAUUCGUCUGUUGUAAGACGCCGUGAAGAAUUAA